CACAUUUCACCUAGUGAGGGCUGCACAGUGAAAAAAAAGAUGCCACGUUGAUAUUUUGUAAAGCAACACGUGCAGAUAUGCUGGGAAGUUGGAGAUCUAUUUCUGCAUCCCAGCUUCGUCGUAUUGGUGAAGAACUGGUCUGCCAGCGUACCUAAUGAAGUGUCCUGUGUGAGGUUCCCGACACGGAGAGAGCUCCAGUUACCUCGGUGAUUAAAAUAAGGCGUCCUUCUUAAAUUCCACUGCCAGUCAGACGUUUGUCGAUGAUGACAGGGUGUAUUAUGGGAUGUGGAAGAAAGGUCACACCUCCAACACUCAGUGAGGGAAAGGUGAGCGCGGUAACAAAGGUGGGUUGCUAGUUCGACUAUGUUGCUUUUCUAAUCAUCAUUAUGGAAAUGAUAUUUCUAGAUGUACAUAUAUUGAUGAUAAAUGCAUAGUGUGAACAAGGGCUGGUGAUUGUGGUAAGACCCCCACCCAGUGGCGGAAAUGUUAUUACACGGCGGUGACAAGGAAUACUGGAUCUUGACUCCAAAGGAAUUGUGGGUGAGUCCAAGUCUUUUAAAUAACUGCCAUUGAGCAAAACAAACCAGAUAGUUGCCAAACUUUGCUGACACACAGACUACUGCUUCAUACAGGCUGGUCUUUAUGAAGCAGCAGUGUUUACCAUGUGUGUGUGUGUGUGUGUGUGUGUGUGUGUUUUGGCCAGUUACCUUCUGACGCAUGCUUGUCCUCCCUCUCGGUGAAAGACACCCUUGUUCUUGUCCACAUUCGUCUGUGAGAUUCCCAAGUGGAAGCCGAGGUCGGCGUUGACUCCGCAGGUAAAGCUGGGCCUUUGGUGAAAUCUAGCGUCUACCUCCACGUGCGUUCGUUCGUUCAUCACAGCAUCCGAUGCUUUGUCCCGCCUGACGCCCUCAUGCUGAACGUUGCAGACAUGAAGUGUGUCAUCCUGUUGGCUCUCCUGGCUGGGGUCUUGGCGGCCCCCUUCGUGAAAGAGGAGGAAGCAAAGCGUUUCAUCCGACUGAAGAGACAAUCGGGAUACUGGGACCCCCACCACGCUCAGAACCAGUGGGGUUACACCAUCCAGGAGCAGGCUAACGAGUACUGGACCGCCCUUAGAACAGACGCGCAGUUCUACAUGGAUAUGGGCAACCUGAUGUUUGACCGCUCUGUGGCCGACGAGAACAACAGGAUGUACAUGGAGAUGUUGCGCAACGCUCGCGCUCACUUGGACAGCCAGACGGGAGGACGCAACUAGAAGAGAUGGCGAGCGUCGCUGGCGUGGCGUUGGAAAGACGCUUCCUGCACUCGUGAUCCACAACACCAUAUCACGUUUCCGUUUCUACUUCAGCUAGGAAUGGUAGUGAGGAAUGACUGGUGUGUCACAAAUACAACUGUCAAUCAUAUUCUUACAUGAAGCUGUAUCUUUAUUCCAGACCGAAGAAGCAGCAAAUUCAAACAAGUCCUUUUAUGCAAAAGCUUCCUAGAAAGACACUUGUUGUUGUUACCACUAGGUGGUGCUGUCACUCACUGACGUCUUACAUCAGCACUUUUUAGUAGAAAUGGUUGAUGACAUUAUGGACGUUUCAUGCAACACGUGUCCAAAAUAGUUCAUGCUAAAUUAUGUCAAUUGAGUAGGAAGAACUAAAAAUCAUUUAUACUUAAUUUAUACUUCAAGUCUUAGAGACGUAAAGGGUCCUCAUCCCACUCACUUCAGGGGCUUUAUGAUUGAUACUGGACUCCAGGGGGCGCUGCAGUAAGUUUUUUUUUUUUUUUUUUAUAAAAUACUCUAAAUUAUACAUACCAGGGGUGUCCAAACGUUUUCCAAGGACCACAUACUAAAAAAAAAAUUAUUUUGAUCUUUUGUAAAGCACCACGUGCUAAGAUGUUGUAUGGUGUUGCUAAGAAGUUGUAUCUGUUGCUAAGGAGUUGUAUGGCGUUGCUAAGGAGUUGUAUGGCGUUGCUAAGGGGUUGUAUGGUGUUGCUAAGAAGUUGUAUGGCGUUGCUAAGGAGUUGUAUGGCGUUGCUAAGAAGUUGUAUCUGUUGCUAAGAAGUUGUAUCUGUUGCUAAGGAGUUGUAUGGCGUUGCUAAGGAGUUGUAUGGCGUUGCUAAGGAGUUGUAUCUGUUGCUAAGGAGUUGUACGGCAUUGCUAAGGAGCUGUAUGGCGUUGCUAAGGAGUUGUAUGGCGUUGCUAAGGAGUUGUACGGCAUUGCUAAGGAGUUGUACGGCGUUGCUAAGAGUUGUAUGGCGUUGCUAAGAGUUGUAUGGCGUUGCUAGGAGUUGUAUGGCGUUGCUAGGAGUUGUACGGCGUUGCUAAGGAGCUGUACGGCGUUGCUACGUAGCUGUACGGCGUUGCUAAGGAGCUGUACGGCGUUGCUAAGGAUUGGUAUGGCGUUGCUAAGAAGUUGUAUGUGUUGCUAAGGAGUUUUGACUUUAUUCUUGUAAAAAAUGCUGAUUUCAUUCCCAUAAAUAUAUUAUGGACUUUACCCUUUAACAUUGCAACUUUUUCUGCAACCAAAUUUCCCCCAUAAUGCAACAUUAUUUUGUCAGUCUUUUAAAAAGAUACCUUAUUCUAUGCUACUAAUCAUAUUUCUCCUCCUCAUAUCACAAUGUCAUUCUCGUACUUUUAUCCAAAUAUUUUGACUGUAUUCUUGUGAAAUGACUGCUAUUUGUUCAUUGUUCCUUUUUGAAUGAAAUCAUAUUUCCAUAAAACUAAAAAGGAAUCUUUGGACACCCCUGGCAGGCUUGGAUUGGGCAGCCUCCUCCCUGACCACGCCCACUCUACUGCGAUUGGCCGACUCCAGCCCCCCAGUGCCAAGGUUGAAAGGAAGGAGUGAAGGAGUGAAGGGUGCAUGUUUGUUCAUGGCCAACGAUGCCUUCAGGCCUAAACGUACGCUGAGGGUACGAGGAGUACACAAUCAUUCAAAAGGGAAACUAGAGUAUUCGUAAGAAGUAUUGUUAGACUAGAAUGGAGGCGUGGCUUAAAGCUGCGAGUUUAAAGGCGGCUCCUCACUUGCGAUUGGCGGAGGAACUUUGAGGAACAUGUGCAGAGCUGGGGUGAAGAUGAGGAUGGUUCCCA